GCAUGAGUGCCGUGCCACUGCAGCGCCAAGCGCCAUCCAUAGUUGCUGGCAUGGUGCUUGCUGGUUCUGGCGUUCAGUUCACACACAAGGCAUCGACUUUGUUUGUGAAGAUAGAAAUGCUACUCGCUUAUAACCGAUAAAAGUUUCCCGAGCCUGAAACUGCCGGUAUGGGUGCGUAACAGAGUCAUUGCAUUUGGCGGGAACCUGUGUGUUGUGUUGAUGUACCAACUGCGAUUGGCCGUGUGCCACUGCCACCCUUAUGUCACCAAAAUUAUCCUCGUGCAAGGGAGCGUGUUAUUGUCUGUUCUCUUACGUACUUUUUCUUGGUUUAUAUGCACAUUGAUCUCCAUGGCAGAAUUGUACACGGUAUGUCCAAGUUGUACACAUUAUGGGCUGUCGUAAUAGCAAAACAGUGCACGCCCCAGAAGCACUAGACCCCAUUGAAACCGUCUGGAAGAUUUCGGACUUAAAAGCACCUCUGGAAAAACGUGCGAAGAAUCGCCGCCGUCAUGGCCAGCGUGGACGCCGAUGGGAGCAGACGAAUUGGGCAUCGUCUGCUAUAAUGGACCAACGUGUCACAGCGAAGUACAUAAUCAAGGCACAGAUAGGCAAGGGGAAGUUCGGCCGCGUUGUUCGCGUUGAGCAUCGCGCUUCAAAACAGCCCUAUGCCAUGAAGACGCUGGAUACCUCCAGUGGGCGGACAGCGUUUGAUACAGAGCUGUCAGUGUUGCGACGUGUGAACCACCCGAACAUUGUCCGCAUUGUCGAAAUAUUGGACGCUAAUCAGAAAGUGUUCAUUGUCAUGGAAUUAGCCACAGGCGGGAGCUUGUUGGAUAGAAUGGAUGUGUUACGCCGACCAUUCAAUGAGGAUGAAGCCCGUGCCGCACUGAAGAUGGUGCUUUCAGGUGUGGCUUACUUGCAUAAAGUCGGAAUCACACAUCGAGCUCUUCGACCAGACACACUGCUGUAUACACAUCCGGGCCCAGAUGCCAAAAUAAUAAUUACCGACUUCGCGUUUGGACAUGUGCGACGUCAUGACGCAAAUGAAUUCAUGCACACUGUGUGCGGUGUUAUUCAGUAUAUGGCACCAGAAAUAGUGGAACGCAGGCCAUACACGUGUGCUGUGGACAUGUGGGCAGUAGGUGUCACAACAUUCAUAUUACUGUCAGAGACAUUCCCCUUCGAUGGCAGACACGAUGCUUCUAUUGUCAGGUGCAUUCUAAAAGGGGAGCUUUCCAUGGAAGCAAAGGUAUGGUGCAUGGUGUCUAACGAGGCGAAGGGCUUAAUUCGACGCCUCCUGCAGCACGAUCCUGGCCGCCGCAUCUCUGCUAGACGAGCUCUUCACCACCCGUGGAUAUGUGGACGUGCUGAAGGUAGCGGCUCAUCCCUCAGUUCAGAGAAAUCUUUGAGUCAAGUCCAAAGAACGACACGAGUUAACCAAUCUUGAUAAAGACCCUGGCUUGGCCGAGUUAGUGUGAUGGGCAUAAGUCUUGCAUUCUGCCGUUAUUUGUGCUGCCAUCAAAACUUGCUUCAGAAAGGUUGUAUAAUUUUUUGUCUCUGAAUGUUUAUUUCGGUUAACAAUUAAUGUCGAUUCUGGUAUGACUUAAAAAUGCUUCUUAGGGUUGUUGACGAUGUACAAAAUGUAACUGCCCAUAUUUUACAGUGUCUAGACUCACUGCUUGUGCAGUUAAUUCCAUUUCGUAGCUGAUUUUGCACAUUGUUAAAAAAAGUUACUUUCAGGACUCUGUGACAAGCUCCGUAGUUUGAAACAGCAGCUCUGGAAAAAGUACAAAAUAUUGUGGUGCAAUAGGCUACAAGAACUUUAUUUAUGACUCUUGUGCUAACACUUCACAUGCUGUGAUCAUUUCAGAAUUUUUUAAAAAAUGGACUGCCUUUGAUUCCAUAAUGUAACAUGCGCUUGAAGUAUUUAUUUUACGUAAUUAUUCAUCUGGUACUUACGUACUCCCUUGCACACAAUGUCUGCCCUGCUGUAUAACCCAUCUGCCAAAAACAGUAUCUGAGCUGCUCAUUAUUUUUUAAUUAAAUAAUGUAUAUAAAAACCCUGUUAUUUUCAGAAAGCAUGGUAUUUCAUAAAACUAAAAUCUAUUAGACGCAUUGCUACCACACAUUGUGUGAAACUCUUAAAGGCACAGGCACUUCUACUGGAAGGUAAUUGUAGCAUAUUUGUGGUUGACAAAGACAGUAUUCUGUACAUUCACCUAUAAUAUAUCUGUGCCACUAUUUGUCCCUUCUGUAAAUACCAUUUGUGUAUCAUGUUGACAUGGCAUUUUUAUGGUGGCUAUUUUUAUGUACUUAUUUACAUACACAAUAUAUUUAUACAAUGCAGCACAUUUUUGAAGGAUUGUAAAAAAAUUUAAAACUUGAAAUAAAUACAGAAGAAAAAAUUUGGAAAAGAA